AUUAAUUGUCAACUUGGCAACAGUGUUGUAUGAAUCAGUGAAUCUGAAAGAAACCUCCAGUGAAAAAAGUUAGUGAUUUUUGUUUUUUGUACUUUUGUAAUUCUUUUUAAUCGAAAAUGCAACCUCAAAUAUUAAUUUUGAAAGAAGGGACAGAUAAUUCCCAAGGUACUCCACAAUUAAUGUCAAAUAUAAACGCAUGCAAUGCUGUUGUUGAUUGUGUUCGAACAACCCUUGGCCCCCGGGGAAUGGAUAAGUUAAUUGUAAACAACAGAAAGGCAACUAUUUCAAAUGAUGGAGCCACAAUUAUGAAACUUUUGGAUAUUGUACAUCCAGCAGCCAAAACCCUCGUCGACAUUGCAAAAUCACAAGAUGCUGAAGUUGGAGAUGGCACAACCAGUGUUGUAAUCUUAGCUGGUGAAUUCUUAAAACAAAUUAAACCAUUCAUUGAAGAAGGUGUCCAUCCAAGAAUAAUUAUCAAAGCUGUGCGAAAAACGUUAGAAAUUUGUAUUGAGAAAAUAAACGCAUUAGCAGUUAAAAUUAAUAAUGAGAAUCCUGCAGAACAAAGAAGUUUACUCGAAAAAUGUGCAGCUACAGCGUUGAGCUCAAAAUUAAUUCAUCAACAAAAAGAUUUCUUCUCGAAAAUGGUUGUAGAUGCUGUUCUAACAUUGGACAAACUAUUGCCAUUAGACAUGAUUGGUAUUAAAAAAGUUUCUGGAGGUGCUUUAGAAGAUUCUUUACUCGUUGAUGGUGUUGCAUUUAAAAAAACGUUCUCGUAUGCUGGAUUUGAAAUGCAACCGAAAAGUUAUAAAAAUUGUAAAAUUGCAUUACUUAACAUCGAAUUAGAAUUGAAAGCGGAACGUGAUAAUGCUGAAGUUCGAGUUACUAGCGUUAAGGAAUAUCAAAAAAUUGUCGAUGCCGAAUGGCAAAUAUUGUAUAAUAAAUUGAAACAAAUUCAUGAAUCUGGUGCUCAAGUUGUUUUGUCAAAAUUACCUAUUGGAGAUGUUGCGACACAAUAUUUUGCUGAUCGUGAUAUGUUCUGCGCUGGUCGUGUCCCAGAAGAAGAUUUAAAACGAACAAUGAAAGCAUGUGGCGGUGCCGUUAUGACAACAACUCACGAUCUAAACGACUCAGUACUUGGUUCAUGUGACCUAUUUGAAGAACGACAAAUUGGUGGUGAACGUUAUAAUCUAUUUAGAGGAUGUCCAAAUGCCAAAACGUGUACACUUAUACUUCGUGGUGGUGCCGAACAAUUUUUAGAAGAAACUGAACGAUCACUUCACGACGCUAUUAUGAUAGUUCGUCGUACAAUCAAGAACGAUGCUGUUGUAGCUGGAGGUGGUGCUAUUGAAAUGGAACUAUCGAAAAUAAUCCGCGAUUAUUCACGUACAAUUGCUGGCAAAGAACAAUUAUUAAUUGGGGCAUUAGCUAAAGCGUUGGAAGUAAUUCCACGGCAAUUAUGUGAUAAUGCUGGCUUUGAUGCAACAAAUAUCUUGAAUAAAUUACGGCAAAAACAUGCGCAAGGUCAUUGUUGGUAUGGUGUAGAUAUUAACAAAGAAAAUAUUACUGACAAUUUUGAAGCAUGUGUAUGGGAACCAGCUAUCAUAAAAAUUAAUGCUUUAACUGCGGCAGCUGAAGCUGCUUGUUUAAUAUUGUCUGUUGAUGAAACAGUUAAAAGUCCUAAAUCAGCUUCUGAUGGUGGUCCACCAGCUGGUCGAGGUAUGGGUAGACCCAUGUAAAAAUUUUUUUCAAGUAUUCCUUCUUUAAGAUAAAAUUACUCACACCCAUUUACACAAGUUUUUGUUUGUUAAUGUUUAACAGUACACUUAAAAUUAUUUCGUAUUUUGUACGUCUUUUUAAAAAU